AUCGUCAUCAUCAUCAUCGUUAUCAUCCGUCCUUCCACCACCUCCAUGUCAAGAUGCACCUGAGUGCGAGGACGUGUCGUCCACGCUUCCCCAUAGAAGUUUCAGAACACGUCCUUGACUUCGUCUGGCCCGAUCGCACGACUCUCCUCUCCUGCACGCUCGUCUGCAGAGCAUGGCUCCCACGCGCUCGCCUCAAUCUGCUCUACGAAGUUCGUAUUCGUGACACGGGACAAGACCGGAGCCUCCGCAGUUUCAUUUCCCAGUAUCCGUCGUACUGCGCGGUUAUUCGACGCCUCGUCAUCUCCCCCAAGAAUUCCGCUGCUCAGUCUCUCCUAAGCUCCUUCCCGCUGGAACUCGCGCACGAACUCGCCCAUAUCGAGUACAUUCGUGUCCUCAACAACCGGCGCCCGUUCACUUACUAUGCGCAGUCGCAAUCUUUAGCUGCGCUCACACGAUGGACUUCCAUACGGAAACUGGAGAUCAGGGGUUAUACGUUCUCAGCUCUGCAAGCGUUCAGCCGUCUUAUCAUCGCGGUGCCUAGCGUUACAAGUCUCGUUUUUGAGUCCCUGCGGUGGACUGAAGCGGAAUGGACUCCACAAGAAUAUCUCCCCGUCCCUACGUGUUUUCUGCCAGAAAACAUUGCCAUGUCGGACAUCCGAUGGUCUGACGCAGUAGUCGACAUGCUCAUCGAUCUCGCCAAUCCGAGCUCUCUGCACACCCUGAACCUCCAAGCCGUCACAAAGCAAGAGCUACCAUAUGUAGACAGGCUGAUACGCACCUUCGGUCCUGCUUUGCGUCACCUCGUCUUGGGCUCUGUCCCGACGUCUUGGCCUCCAGGCACCACUUUAUAUCCACAACUCGCCGAGAACGUCAAUCUACAGACCCUGCAUUUGCACUUUCAGGCCCGAGGCGAAUGGAUAGUCCCGAUGCUUUCUCAGCUCGCUCGCCACGUUCCACCGUCUUCGUCAUUUAAGAAGGGUUAA